CACACUUUCAGAAGCACUGUUAAGAGUUGAGUGAAUCGUGUGAAGACCAGAAGAGUGACCUGAGGAGAAGAAAGAGAAAAUUGGUGUUCAGACACUGAACUGACCUCCUUGGUGCUUUCCUCUGUCCCCCUUUCUCUAUCCCUUCUGUAUCACAGCAGAGAAAUGGCUAUUCCCACCAUGUCCCACUCCAGCAGCAGUAUUCUUGAGGUUACGGAGGCCUCAGCACUAGUCUACCUGGCUGAGGAAGUAUUGCGUUCCAGCACAGAGAAGGACAAUACACCCUUGAUACGUACAGAGACCGGGAGUCUAACACAGCACAUAGCCACAGGGCAGACUGGCAUAACAACUGUCUUUACCCAGGCAGCCUGUGAGCAUGCGUUCAGCCCAUCUGUUGCAGAACAUGGCUUAUUUCAACCUCAGCUCAGUAAAAGGCCUGAGCACUCAUCAUGGACACAAGGAGUAACAGCAGCCCGACACUUCCCACAGCACAGGACCCAUUUGUGGGCGUGUCAUCAGGCCAGUCAUGAAAUAGGUCUCUGCCUCCAUGGGCCAGAGUUGUGCUGCUGCUCUGAUUUGACUAAUGUAAGAUCAGGAUGUGCCGAGCUCAAUUCUGACCCUGAAUCCAUGUACAUUUAUGCUGAGAGCAUCCAGGGCUGUGACACGUCUUGCUCUGAUAUGCCAAAAGUCUGUGACUCCCUUCAUCUCAGCACAGAGCUUGCAAAACUCUCUCAAGAAGUAGCAUACGAUGCGACAUCUUUUUGGAAUAAAGCUUUUGAAACAAAGAGGAGGUCUCGCUCGCUUGACACUGACUCUGAAAUGGUAUAUAUGAAUACUGGGGAAAAGUCAAACUUUGACUCUGCAGAUUACAGUAUAGAAGCUGUUCAUGGAUCAGAUUUUUCCUAUGACAGUGAAUCUGUCAGAGGUAACUAUGACUCAGCUUCUACCUGCACAGACUCAGGGUGGAGCUUUGACUCGCAUGGUGCGGAAGCAAACACAGACUCUCUCUACAGCCCCACUGAGGUACAGCCAGGUUCUCGCUCAUCCAUGUCGAGCUCCAGCUCUAACUCCUCUCACUACACUGCUGACCGUGGCCCAGACUCCCCAUUUUGCACGGUGGAACGUCACAUCAGCUCUGACUCUGAAGACUGUUUUGGAGCAGGCCGCUUUGACUCAUUUGGCAGUCAUUUGGAGGAAGCUUCUUAUGACCUGUACAAUGCUUUACCUCAGAGCCGUGGCAUGCUCUCAUAUGGUGGAAAAGACCUGGGACAUGACUUGGAUUCAGACUCUCCUGGAUUUAAGGAUUGCACUGAGUUACCUUUGAGUGAGCUGCGGGGUGUCGUGACUCACACAACUCGCUGCCACUUCUCAGUGUUCUUCCGUGAGAUGGUAAAAAAUGUGGAGCAGGAAAGAGAUCUGGGCAAAGUAAAUGUCAGUGAGGGCUUUCUAUUCCACCCACAAAAGUUUUUACAGGCAAAGAAUUCAGAAUAUCGGGAAGGUCGGGAAUAUUCCUUGCUACGGCACCUACAGAAUGGAUCAUAUGGGGAUGUGUUUAGUGUCCGGGACAAACAAACUGGGUUUACAUGUGCUGCCAAAAGGAUUCCCCUGUGCAGUUUUAGCUGGGAGGAGGUGGCCAUCUGGAGCCAGCUCGACUCCCCACGCGUCCUACAGCUAUUUGGGGCAGUGAGAGAGGGGUUCAAUGUGGUACUCUUCAUGGACCUGAAAGCAGGUUCAUUAGCCCAGUUGCUAAAAGAAAAAGGUAGUCUACCUGAAGAUUUGGCUCUUCACUAUUACUGUCAGGUGUUGCAAGCUCUGGAGCACAUGCACAGCAGACAAGUCAUACAUCUGGAUGUCAAAGUGGAUAAUGUCUUGCUGUCCAAGGAUGGGAGGGAGUGUUUUCUGUGUGACUUUGGAUUGUCCGAGGUGCUCGACCAGACGGGUUGUAGCACCAAGACUCUCCGAGGCCAGGGUCUCCGUGGCACAGAGAGCCAUGUGUCGCCAGAGGUGGCACGUGGGGACCCUCACUCUGACAGGGCCGAUGUCUGGAGCAGCUGCUGCAUGCUACUGCACAUGCUUACUGGCCACCAGCCCUGGACACGCUAUUAUGCACACCCACUUUGCUUGAAAAUUGUCAGCGAGCCUGCUCCCCUGUGGGAAAUCCCUCCUGGCUGUAACCCAUUGACCUUUGAGGUCAUCAGAGGGGGACUAGUGAAGGAGCCAGUAAAACGAGACUCAGCCAGGGAGCUGCUCGUAAAAGCCACCAGAGCCCUCCGCACAGUGGGUGGGUUCUGUGAUCCAUUAUUAUCAUCCACACAGGCUCUGCGCUUCUUGUCCAACAUACCCGAGCAUCAGUCCUGGCCAUCAUCAAGCUUGGUGCAGGUCCCUGGUCUCAUUACAAUAACAACCCAGGAAACCCUAUGCCCUGUUCCCGCAAUAUCAAGCCCUGCUUCCAUGGAUGAGGAGCAGCUCUCAGCUCCCAGAAUUCAGUGGGUUAGCCCAUGGAGAGAAAGGGCAGGGGAGGAGGAUGAAAGAGACUUGGAAGCACAGGAUUCGGAUGAGGAGAGUAAGAGCGACAGUGAGGGGUGGAGAGGUAAGAUGGAGCAACACAAGAUGAGAGACUGGAUGGAGAUGUACGGGGGAAAUGGGGAAGACCUGGCAGAAAUUCUAAAUGAACAGCAAACAGGAGACCCAGUGGAUGAGGCAGAGCAAGUGGGUGAUUAUGAGGAUAGUUGGGUGGCAGAGGAGAGAGAAGCUCUGAAGAAGACUUCCAGUGCUGGGGAAGGAGAGGAAUGGGAGCCAUUUCUCAGAACACAGAUCCUCUAUGGCACUAAACAACAACGUAAUGCAGCUCCUAACAGCAAGGAUGAAUACUCUGACACAAAGGAAGAGUCCAUUACAUCAGCCCAAAGAAGUAGAAAGCGCUACCUUCCUGAGCCAAACUCAAAAUUUACUUUUACCUGUCACCGCAGCAUCUGUGCCUCUGAACCAGAGCUUACUGACAAGGAUUCUGAUUGUUCAGAUGACUGGAGCUCUGGGGUGUUCUCCUCCUGCAGUAGCCUCACAUCUGAGCAAAGCUUCAAUGUGGACUGGUCAGUCUCCACCAAUCAGCCACCUUCUUGCUGCUUUGAAGGUCUAGGUGUGGAUAUUUGGGUUGAGGAUGUGAGCGGGGAGACUCUUAAGAUCAGGGAGAAGCUGAAAGUGAAACUUGGACAUGUUGCUGUGGGGAUUAGUGCACAGAUCUCCAUGAGGACCUUCAGCCUUGCCACCCUUGACGGGAAGCUGGUAUCCCCAGAUGCAGAGGUUUUGGAGUCGGGCAUGUGGCUACAGUGUGUCCCUGCUCCAGAUGGCUGCCCUACUUGGGACUGGAGGGUCAGAGAUGGCAAAAUAGAGAUGCAAGAGUAUGAUGGACUGCAGUCAGAUACAUGCUCCACACUGGCAGCCUAAGGACAAUAUUACACUGAUGCAACAUUCCUCUCUGUCUUCCAACAUUCCAUUUAUGCUCUCAUUCUUUGAAACUUAAAAGUUAAAUAAUGCCAUGUCUACACUUUGAAAUGUGUGCUGAAUUAGUCAAACAUCUCAGCUUUAAAACCAUCUAAAGAAGCAGCUGUACAUCUGGACACUUUAAUAUAUUCAGCCCAGUUUAUAUGAGGUGGUAGAUUUAUGACAGCUGUAGAUACCAUGAAUACCACUUUCUGAACCCUGUGCUUUGUAUCCUUAUGUUCAAUAUGAAACAAAACCUUGUUUUUCAGUACUUAUAAGUUUUAGUGGAGUAUCCCAAAGUAGUUUGGUACGCUUACUUUUAAACUAGCUAGCUAGAUUGUUUCUAAGAGAGGGUUGGUUUGGAGUGAAUUACUCAACAUCCUGAACGGUUUCAUCAUUUAAAAAAUGAAUUUGCAGUUUGAAAAUGGUACCAUCCGCCCCUAUAAAAUGAUGCAGCUAGCUAUAUGCGUGACACGGGUAUGCAUGUACAUCUCAUUAUGAUUGAUUAUGAUUACUAUUAUGAUCAUUAUUAUUGGUCCAGAUAAUGUAAAUUAAGACUCGUGUGUAUUACUGUGACAAUAAAUAGGAAGGGAUCCCUUCCGCCUUUCUUAAGCAA